CGUCACACAUGUAUGAAAGGGGCGUUGAGUGUUAACUUGAAAACAGAAAUGGCGGGGUCCAUAAACUGCUGUUAGCAGUGUGACAGAACAUGUAACGACGGCCAGCUGCAUGGGAUGUCCCAGGACAUCCAGCUGAACCUCAGACAAUGUCUGUCAACGGGAAAGUCAUCCCUCACACCCCGCUGGCCGUUGACUUCUGGCAUGUGCGGAAGUGUCCAGGCACACGGCUGUUUUUCCUGUCCCACAUGCACAGCGACCACACGGUGGGUUUGACCUCCACCUGGAGCAACCGGCCCAUCUACUGCUCCCCAACCACCGCCGCUCUGCUCAGACUCAAACUGCAGGUGAAAGAACAGUGGAUCCAUCCGUUAGAGCUAGAUGAGCCUUACCUGUUGCCACUGGAUGACAUCGGCAAGGAGAAGCUGACAGUCACACUGAUAGACGCCAACCACUGUCCAGGGGCUGUCAUGUUUCUCUUUGAAGGCUACUUUGGCUCUAUCCUUUACACGGGUGACUUCAGAUAUACUCCCUCCAUGUUGCGUGAACCUUGCCUGAGGACAAACACCACUAUAGAUGUCCUGUACCUGGACAACACCAACUGUGACCCCAACCGCACCCUCCCCUCCAGACAGCGAGCCACUCAACAAAUCAAAGAGAUCAUCCGUAGAUACCCCAACCACAAUGUUGUCAUAGGCCUCUACGCACUUGGAAAAGAAUCUCUGCUGGUAGAGCUGGCGAUAGAGUUUAAAACCUGGAUUGAGGUGAGCUUUGAGAGGAUGGAAACCCUCAAGGCACUGGAGCUGCCUGACGUCUUCACCACUGAGCCAGAAGCCGGUCGUAUCCGAGCCGUGGGUCAGUCAGAGAUUUGCUCUGCCUCUUUACACCAGUGGAACAAAAAACAACCCACUUUGGCCAUCUUUCCCACCAGCAGGCCCCUGGUCUCUUUUCACCCCAACGUCCAUGUCGUGCCGUACUCCGACCACUCCUCCUACCAAGAGCUGGAGGAUUUUGUCUCUGCACUUAAACCUACCUCCCUUGUACCCAUUGUAGGAAAACAUGUACCUGGAAGUUUCUCUGCAUUACUUCCCAGCAAAAAGCGCCACGAAAUCCUGGUGCCUGAGUCAGUCCGACACUACAUGUUGAGACAGCCCGAGAGCCAACACAGUUUACCCGUGUACACAAGCCUACGCCGCAGACGUCUCCAACCUCUUGCUCCCAAAGGGGUGGUAUUUGAGUCUCCCAUAAGAGAACAGAGGAAGUCAUGCGAAGAAGCCUGGGAGGCAGAGGGUCUGGAGCAGGAUGCUUCUGAGGAAGAGAUGGACACAGAAAUUAGUGAAAGGGACUCUGAAUGCAUUCUUGUCGACCUGAGCAAGGACCUCACUCCUAACAAGAACAGAAGAGGGACUGAUGAUAUGUGGAGCCUCAAUAUCGUCCAAACAGUGUCUGAAGAUUUGGUGAUGGCUGAGUCGGUGCCUUUCAGUCAAUUCAGCCAGAGCAACUUUGCUCCAAUGGAGAUCGUGACAAACACCAACGCUUCCUUGAAGUCUGUCAGGAAGACAAGAGGGCUUUUUGAAACCAGUGCCAAAAUAAUCAAUGAGACAGAUUCAAAUGAAAAUUACAGCAGCCAGCCUAACAGACAUGGUAAUGUUCAUGACAACCACACAUUGUCAGUGGGCAAUAGUAUGAGUCAGCACAGUGGACAUGGAAUUGAUCAGGUCAGCGACAUAAUGUCAAAUGACCAACUUAACAACAUUGUGACAACAUUGCAGAGAAGCCCCGGUAAUGAUUCCUGCUCUUCAUUUAGCUCACAGACUGAUCUGAAGCAGGAGUAUAUGGAGGAGCUUGAAAGCAGUAUUUUAAAGGCUCUCUCCUUUUCAGAGGAGGACAUGAAGGUGUGUGGCCUCUUGCAGCAGAGCUUUGUGAAGAAGUUUUCUCUCUGUCCUAUCUAUGAUAUGCGAGAAAAUGACGUCUAAGACAAAUAAUGUGACCUGACAUUCAAGUUUUGCCUCGCUUUAGAGACCUUUUUGUGUGUGCGUGUUUGUGUGUUUAAAGAAGAGCACUUUAAAGUCAAAAUACAAUUUUUCAUUGGCAAUUUCCUUAUUUAUAUCAUUUUGUAUGUGUGGCCUGGAGUUUAGAAAAGCAGGCUUGUGAUCAGAAGGUCAGGAGUUUGUGUUUGGAACCCGACCUGUGAAGUGACUUACCUUUGCCCCACCUUUUAAUCAUGGAAUCCUUGGCCUCAUGGACACGUAUGCCAGGGCAGCUUUCUUUAGUUAAAAAAUAAAUAAUAAAAACUAAUUUAUUUUGUUGUAAUGGAAGAAAAUAACCAGUUAUUUUUUUUUACUGGUAUACUUGGUUGGGGCUAAUGCACAGCUUACAGUAGUCUGUAAUGAAUGUUUGGGAAGUCACAUUACCACAAAUAUAGGCCAGUAAGCUAGUUACUUCUGUUUUUUCUGUUGUUUUUGCCUUUUUCUGUUUUUUUGCCUCGAGAAGCACCUGUUUUGAAACAGCGGUUGCUUUUCCAUUCUUUAUUUUGAGCAGUUGAAAAUUAUUCAUAUGUUAGAUUUGCCUUUUUCACUUUCAUUUGUAUAUUUCCACUGUGUUAGAGUAUGGCCUUAUUCCUCAGCUCAACUGUGAGAUACUCAAAACUGGUGUCAGUCUCAAGGUAUUAAAGGUAAAUGGUGAUUUUGGUAUCGCCUGUAUUUGUUUUGCAUCGAGAGGAACUUUAUAAUGAAGAAAAAAAAUUCUGUGAUUAUCUUUGUUUAUAACUGUAAGCGGUUUGAGAAGAUACUGUUCAAAAUAAAGUGUUUCCUUAAAUAUCCUUAAGCAGCUGUGGCAGUGUUCUUUAUUUGUUAGUCAACUGCUGCAGAUAGAUCAGUGUGAAAACAUUUCUUAAGUUACUCGUCAUAUUGAUUAACAAUCCAAGUAUAUUGGUUAAGGGGCAAAAAACUCUUAAAAACAUGUAUGUGUAUUGUAAUGCAUGAUGGCUUCUGAUUUAAUUCUGUUAAUGUGCGUUUCAUAGUUGUUUUUGUUCCCCAUGUCCACCUUUGCCAACCGCAAAAGUAGCUGCUAUUAAUCUUUUUACAUGUUCUGAUUAGACGUGACGCAAACCCGCUGUGUGCAGCUCGGCUGCCCUUUGUAAAUUUACUAUGAAAGUUUUAAUCCCACAUCUUACCUGUUGAACUACUGUACUUUAUAACUCUUUCAUACCUGUGAACAUUGUUCAGCAACACUUUGCUUGUUUACUUUUGGAUGUGUUUUAUACAAAUAACUAGACACAGCCACAUAUUACAAUGUAACCUUUCUGUAAAUGUAUUAUAAAAUGAAUAGGAGACCUAUGCUUCAUGUGAUUAAUUACUGCAUAUAUAUAUAAUGAUUUCAUAUUUAAAAGUGUAGCAGCAUUGUUUGUUUAAAAAAAAAUCAACAUGUUCCUCUUCAGAAAGAUUAAUGUCUUUCUUUUCAAGGAAAGGUAAAACUGUAAUAUUUAUGUUCAUUACUCCUUAUGUGCGGAUUGUUUCCCCAAUAAA